AUGAGUCGGCCCACGUUGGGGGCCCCGGCUUUGGAGCCUGGUACCACGGGUGGCCUCGGGAAGUCCCCUGAGCCCUCUGAGCCCGAAUCCUUCCCCAUCAACUGGGAAGUCACUGGGCGGGGCUACGACUUCCCGGCGGUGCUGCGCUGGUUCGCGGAGCGCGUGGACCUCAUCAUCCUGCUCUUCGACGCGCACAAGCUGGAGAUCUCGGACGAGUUCUCGGAGGCCAUCGGCGCCCUCCGGGGCCACGAGGACAAGAUCCGCGUGGUGCUCAACAAGGCGGACAUGGUGGAGACCCAGCAGCUGAUGCGCGUCUACGGGGCGCUCAUGUGGGCGCUGGGCAAGGUGGUGGGCACGCCCGAGGUGCUGCGCGUCUACAUCGGCUCCUUCUGGUCCCAGCCCCUCCUGGUGCCCGACAACCGGCGCCUCUUCGAGUUGGAGGAGCAGGAUCUGUUCCGGGACAUCCAGGGCCUGCCGCGCCACGCCGCCCUGCGCAAGCUCAACGACCUGGUGAAGAGGGCCCGGCUGGUGCGGGUGAGCCGCGCUGCGGGGGGGGACUGUGGGGGGAGCGGUGGCCGGAGGCGGGGACGGCCCUGGUCCCGCCUCCCCGUCCGGCCACUCCCCCCGGCCCUGCACGUCUCCCUCGGCAAGCCCAGUGGGCAGUGCUCGGCCACCAUGUUCAGCUGGCUGAAGCGAAGCGGGGCGCGGGGCCAGCAGCCCGAGGCCAUCCGCACGGUGACCUCAUCGCUCAAGGAGCUGUACCGCACCAAACUGCUGCCCCUUGAGGAACACUAUCGAUUCGGGGCCUUCCACUCGCCGGCCCUGGAGGACGCCGAUUUCGACGGCAAGCCCAUGGUGCUGGUGGCCGGCCAGUACAGCACGGGCAAGACCAGCUUCAUCCAGUACCUGCUGGAGCAGGAGGUGCCGGGCUCCCGCGUGGGGCCCGAGCCGACCACCGACUGCUUUGUGGCCGUCAUGCACGGGGACACGGAGGGCACCGUGCCGGGCAACGCCCUCGUGGUUGACCCGGACAAGCCAUUCCGCAAGCUCAACCCUUUUGGGAACACCUUCCUCAAUAGCACGGGCACAACGCGCACAGAAAGCACUCAAGAAAUAGUUGUGGAGGAAAGCAAUGAACUUGGGAACCUUCUGCUCUCCAAUCUCAUGCUGACCCACGACAUCGCUAAGCUCAUGCCCCUGCUGCGGCAGGAGGAGCUGGAGAACACCGAGGUGGGCGUGCAGGGCGGCGCUUUCGAGGGCACCCACAUGGGCCCGUUCGUGGAGCGGGGGCCCGAUGAGGCCCUGGAGGACGGCGAGGAGGGCUCGGACGAUGAGGCCGAGUGGGUGGUGACCAAGGACAAGUCCAAGUACGACGAGAUCUUCUACAACCUGGUGCCGGCCGAUGGCAAGCUGAGCGGCACCAAGGCCAAGACCUGGAUGGUGGGCACCAAGCUCCCCAACUCGGUGCUGGGGCGCAUCUGGAAGCUGAGCGACGUCGACCGGGACGGCAUGCUGGAUGACGAGGAGUUCGCCCUGGCCAGCCACCUCAUCGAGGCCAAGCUGGAGGGCCACGGGCUGCCCACCAACCUGCCCCGUCGCCUGGUGCCGCCCUCCAAGCGACGUCACAAGGGCUCUGCAGAGUGAGCCGGCCACUGCCUGCAGGCCCUCCCUCCCACUUGCCCUGCUGUGGCUCCCCAGCUCCAGCUGGCUGCACGCACGCCCCCGCCCCAGCCUGCCACACGCGCUGCCUGCCCACCCUCCCAGCCGUAAGGAUGGGGGUGUCUCCACCCGCCACUGCCGGACCGUGGGGACCAGGGGAGGGGCAAGGCUUCCCUGCCCGGCCUUUGCACCGCUACCCUCGCCUACACUUAGGCACAUCACACCGACCUUAACACAUGCACACAGACACACACACAGAGGCAUCGAUUCGAUGGUGGGCCAUUCAAGUAUUUAUUGAGCACCUACUAUGUUUGAAGGCACAGAGCUUCCUCCAGGCCCUGGGGGUUACAGCAGAGAGCAGAACACAUGGAUCUGCCCUCAGGGGGGGGCUGACGUUCUCAGGACAGAGCACCUGCACUGUGACACAGACACACACGGGGCCCUAACCAGUCUGAUCCCCGAUUCUGGGCAGGAAUCCUCGCCUCUCUCCAUAGUUCCGUGGCCAUUUGUUCGAAAUAACCAAGGGAAAGUCCCCCUGGCCCCACUUCUUGACAUCCAGACAAGGACAGCCCCCCC